CACGUUGAGCUUCUCAUGCCCCAACACUCCCAUGUUCUUCUCUCCAGGGCUGCUCUCAGUCCAUUCUCCAAUCUUGCAACAUCUCUUAAUUUAGAGGAAAACGUUCAGCAGAACAAAAUAGCGACCGAAACAUCUGGGAGGUGCCCCCUCCGGCUUUUAGGGCCCCGGAGAGUCCUUCCCCUGGUGUUGGGAUGGGAGUCCCGGGCAGCGUCGGGCGCUGCCGCGGCCGCCCUGGCCGUGCCGCCCCGCCAGCCCUGUGACAUCAGUCCCGCCGCCGCCCCGCGACCCGCCCUGCCCGGCCAGCGACAAAAGCGCCGAGCGCCCGCCGGCCCCAGCGCGGCUCCCAACACCGGCACCGACCCCGAACGCCACAGCGACACCAGCACCGAGACCGGCACCGACCCCGGACCUGAUACCAACCCCGGCACCGACACCGGAUUUAACACCGUCCCCGGCCCGGCCGCAGUGGUCUGUAAGAAGAAUUUGGACAGCACCACUGUGGCCGUGCAUGGUGAGGAGAUCUACUGCAAGUCCUGCUACGGGAAGAAGUACGGCCCUAAGGGCUACGGCUACGGGCAGGGAGCAGGGACCCUGAGCACUGACAAGGGCGAGUCCCUGGGAAUCAAAUACGAAGAGGGCCAGCCCCACCGACCCCCCAACCCCAAUGCAGCCAGGAUGGCCCAGAAGGUGGGAGGAGCUGACGGAUGCCCCCGCUGUGGCCAGGCCGUGUACGCGGCCGAGAAGGUCAUUGGAGCUGGGAAGUCCUGGCACAAGUCCUGCUUCCGCUGUGCCAAGUGUGGCAAAAGCCUGGAGUCCACCACCCUGGCAGACAAAGAUGGGGAGAUCUACUGCAAAGGUUGUUACGCCAAGAACUUCGGUCCCAAGGGCUUUGGCUUCGGGCAGGGCGCCGGGGCACUGAUCCACUCACAGUGAGCUCCCGGGCUCGGCCCCGCGCUCGCCCGGGGCUCGUCCUGUGCUACCCGCCCGCCCCACGCCGCAGUGAGUGCCCCACUGCCACCCCCAGCCACCGCUGCUUCGCAGCACCAGCCCCUCCUGCCUGCCCUGGCGCUCCCCGCAGCCGGGGGGGUCCAAGCAUUGUCCCCGUGGGGUUCUGCUAGGGCAGGUGGCACCGGGGGCCACUGCCUCCCACUGCAGCGAGGCCCCAGUGCCCGAGUCCUGCUCCGCGUUGCCCGUCCCGCCGGCCGUGUGCGCAGCCGUGACACCGAGCAAGCAAUAAAACAUCAGACA